GUCCACGUGCCUGGCGCAUACAUCGCUCACCCACUCGUCCAUCCUCAUCAUCGCGCAAUCCCAGCCCGCUCAAUUUCCGCUUGUCUCUACGCUCUCGUAGGGCCACUCUACAUCAAAAUACUCUGCAGCCCCCGGGAACAUCCCAAUGGCUACCAACAUCACAUUCCACCCCGGUUCCGUCGACGGCCCCGAGCGUGCGGAGCUGCUGAAGCAGAAGGGCGUCACAAUCUGGCUCACCGGCCUGAGCGCGAGCGGCAAGUCGACGAUCGCGUGCGCGCUCGAGCAGCACCUCCUCCACCUGCGCAAGUUCGCGUAUCGGCUCGACGGGGACAACGUCCGGUUCGGGCUGAACAAGGACCUGGGCUUCGACGAGAAGUCGCGGAACGAGAACAUCCGCCGGAUAGGCGAGGUCUCUAAACUGUUUGCGGACUCGUGCUGCAUCGCCAUCACCGCGUUCAUCUCGCCGUACCGCGCAGACCGAACGGGCGCACGGGAACUGCACGAGAAGGCGGGGCUGGGCUUCGUCGAAGUGUACGUCGACGCGCCACUACAGGUCGCCGAGCAGCGGGAUCCCAAGGGGUUGUACAAGAAAGCGCGAGCAGGAGAGAUCAAAGAGUUCACUGGUAUCUCAGCGCCAUACGAGCCCCCGGAGAGCCCAGAGAUCCACAUCAGGACGGACCAGUGCGACGUCGCCGAGGCCGUCCGCAUCAUAUCCGAAUACCUCGUACAAAAUGGGUUCAUCUAACGUCCUGGACGGUGUAGACUGCAGAUUAUUGGCUAGAUUAUUGUGUGUAUUAUGCAUACAGACCGCAUUACAAGUGUCAGGCACUCAAACGCAAACAUACCAUCACGAGUGCACGUCAGAACGCAACUCCAGAAUGAAUCGAAUAUAGAUGCGAUAAUAUACUGGCUAGGAGGACCCGUUGGCGACCUGCGC